UGAGGAUCUUUCAGAUAAAACAACUCUAACGGACUUUUUUAAAAAAAUCGAAGAUCUUCGUACUAUAAUAUCAACAAUUAAAGAGAAUGUGCAACAGAUUGAACAGUUACAUCAAAGAUUAUUAAAUGAGAUUACGGAUGAACAAAUAUCAUAUUUUCAUCAACAAUUAGAAAAUCUGAAAGGACAGACACGAUUUAUGCAGAAUUUGGUUCGGGAUGAUAUCAAAAUUUUAGAAAAAAAGAACCAACAAUCAGCACAAACAGCGGAUUUACAAGUUCGAUUAACACAGACGAGUAAUAUUAAAAAAAAGUUCUUAGAAUCGAUUCAAAAUUAUUCAAGAGUUGAGAAUUCAUUUAACCAACGAUAUCGACAGAGAUUAUAUCGUCAAAUAGAGACAGUUAAUCCGAAUAUGACACAAGAAGAGAUUCAUGCAGCAUUAAAUGAUGAUCAGGGAAUGCAAAUCUUUAGUCAAGCAUUAUUACGAAGUAAUCGACAUGGAGAAGCACGUAUUGCUUUACAAGAAGUACAAGAACGACAUCAAGAUAUUAAAAAAAUAGAACAAACAAUUAUAGAAUUAGCAGAAUUGUUCAAUGAAAUGAAUAUUUUGAUAGAGAAACAAGAUGAACCUCUUCAACUUAUUUCACAACAAGCAGAAACGGUCUAUACAAAUAUUGAACAUGGUAUUCAACAUCAAGAUAAAGCUAUUGAAAAUAUACGUUCAGCACGACGUAAACGGUGCUAUUGUUUUGGAUUAUUUAUUUUAAUAUUAAUUGCAAUUACUAUUGUCGUUGUUAUUGUAAAAUGUAUUGGAGGAGUAUGCAAAAUUUAAUUCUCAUACAAUUUAUAAUAAAUACUUUUUUUGGAUUAUAAA